AUGCAGGAAAUUCAGCGGGUGCAGUUUGCUCCUUUAAAGAAUGAUUUGAUUCUGAGAGCCGCUAGAGGGGAAACAGUGGAACGUCCGCCAUGUUGGAUAAUGCGUCAAGCAGGUCGUUAUUUGCCAGAAUAUCACAAGGCAAAGGGCAACAGAGACUUCUUCGAAAUCUGUCGUGAUGCUGAAGUUGCAUCUGAGAUUACCAUACAACCUGUGAAAAGGUAUGCAGGGUUGUUGGAUGCAGCUAUUAUUUUUAGCGAUAUUCUAGUCAUUCCACAGGCUAUGGGUAUGAAAGUCGAGAUGCUCGAAGGUAAAGGACCUCAUUUUCCUGAACCACUAAGGACAAAGGAAGAUGCCCAAAAAGUAUUAGAUUACAAGGUCGACGUUUUGAAAGAAUUGGAUUGGGCAUUCCGUGCGAUUACGUUAACUAGAAAGAAGUUAGAUGGUCAAGUACCACUAUUCGGAUUCUGUGGUGGCCCUUGGACUUUACUUGUUUAUAUGACAGAAGGCGGUGGCUCUAAAAUGUUUAAAUUUGCCAAAGAAUGGAUUAACCAAUACCCAGAUAUUUGUCAUCAAUUAUUACAAAAGACUACGGACGUAGCUAUCGAAUUUUUAUCACAGCAGGUGAUCGCUGGUGCUCAGAUCUUGCAGGUCUUUGAAAGUUGGGGUGGUGAGCUUUCCCCUGCAGAUUUUGAUGAAUUUUCUCUGCCAUAUUUGAAGCAGAUCUCAUCUAAGGUGCCCCAAAGGUUACAAGAGUUGGGCCAUAAAGAGCAUGUGCCCAUGGUGGUAUUCGCUAAGGGUUCUUGGUAUGCACUCGACAAGUUAUGUGGCAUUGGUUACAACGCUGUAUCCCUGGAUUGGUUAUGGAAUCCAGCUGACGCUUGCAAGAUAAAUCAAGGCCGUGUCACUCUACAGGGAAAUCUCGACCCGGGUAUCAUCUACGGCUCAGAUGAAGUCAUCACCAAGAGAGUGGAAACUAUGAUUAAACAAUUUGGUGGUGGUAAGAGCCAUUACAUUGUAAAUUUUGGUCACGGUACUCAUCCUUUUAUGGAUCCUGAAAAGAUAAGGCAUUUCUUACAAGAGUGCCAUAGAGUUGGAUCUCAGAAAUAG